GACUGCAGGUCGUCUUACAUAUAAGAGAGCAGACUGUUAACAUCUGUUGUUGUUUUCAUGAAGGUGCAUACGUACUGUGAUAAAUAUUACGUAGAUAUUACAUUAUCGAACGUGUCGGGAUUACAGGAUGAUCGAAACAUCUUGUAUAGGACUAGGGAGUGGCGCGGUGGGUGCAACUAUCACUGCCACGUUGCAAUUCUUUGCAGCCUCCCAGUGCCUGCUGCAGGACUCCUGGCCGGAGCAUGCUAAUCUUGAAAAUGGUACCAGUUUUGACUUUAUCGUUGUGGGAGGAGGAACUGCCGGAGCUGUGGUAGCUGCUAGGCUGUCAGAACUUCGGGAUUAUACUGUCCUUUUAAUUGAAGCUGGAGGGGAUCCACCGCCAGAAAGUGUCAUUCCAGGAUUUAGGAACUCGAUGAAAAAUAGCAAGGUGGAUUGGAACUUUACAACAACGAAUGAUAAUUAUUCUAGUCAAGCUCUACAACAUGGCAGGCAGCGUCAGCCUCGGGGCAAAAUGCUGGGCGGUAGCGGAUCUAUUAAUGACAUGAUUUACGCUAGAGGCUUUCCUAUAGAUUAUGAUGAGUGGGCGACUACACUCGGAGAUGAAUGGAGUUGGAAUAACGUACUCGAAUACUUCAAGAAAACAGAAUACCUUACGGAUGAAAGAAUUAUAAAUGAUCCACUUCUUACUGAACUCCACGGUUUUACUGGUGAAAUAGAAGUUACGGGAUCUUUAGAAUCUACACGAACUACUGAUAAAUUGCUCGAGGCUUUCGAUGAAAUGGGUUUUAAUAUUGUUAAAGAUAUGACAAAUCCCUAUGUUAUUGGCGCUGGUAGGUUUUCUCACACAAUACGAAGUGGAAAAAGGGAAAGUUCUGUGACAGCCUUACUAAAUAAAGCUUCAAAAAGAGAUAAUCUAUAUAUUUUAAAAGAAGCUGUGGUUACUAAAAUUCUCGUCGAAAAAAACAAAGCUUAUGGAGUUAAAGUUCUAAUGGAUGAUGAUGUGUUUUAUUUCUACGGAAGUAAGGAUAUAGUGAUAUCUGCGGGUACAUUUAAUACGGCAAAAUUGUUGCUAUUAUCGGGUAUAGGUCCCAGAGAACAUUUAGAAGAAAUGAACAUAGAGGUACACGCAGACUUACCAGUUGGUGAAAACCUUCAUGAUCACGUUAUGGUUCUAACCUUCUUAGAGGCUGAUGAAGGUACUUGCACUGUAGACGAAAAAGAGAAUUAUUUUGAGAUGAUAAAAUAUCUCUAUGAUAAAAGUGGAUUCUACGUAAGAUCAAGUGACCUAGCUGCCUAUAUUUCUUACAAUAGCUCUAUGAAGAACGUACCGGAUUUCGGUUUGUAUCCCACAUGUAUGGGUAUAAAUGAGGGGUUUUACGACCCAUGUGUAAAAACAUUAGGUUUUAAACCUUAUAUUUGUGAAAAAGUAGCGGCGGUGAAUCAAGAAAAGGAAAUAUUCAUUUUCCCAGUAGUCAAUUUAAAACCUAAAUCAAGAGGCAAAGUUCUUUUGAAAUCCACAGAUGAAUUAGUUGCACCAUUAAUAUAUUCCGGUGUAUUUAGUAAUCAAGAAGAUUUAGUUCACUAUCCUGAAGCUAUGCGAACUGCGUGGUCUAUAGUAAAUACAACAUAUUUUAGUGAAAAGAAUGCUCAAGUAAUAGAUCUUAAUGUAAAAGAAUGUAGAGGUUUAAGUGGUGAUGAAUUAUUGACAUGCAUAGCUCGUUCAAUGGCGACAUCUGCUUGGCACGCGGUUGGGACGGCUUCAAUGGGGACCGUCCUCGAUUCCAAGCUUAGGGUUAAAGGAAUAAGAGGGUUAAGGGUGGCCGAUGCCAGUGUCAUGCCUAAUGUUAUACGCGGAAACACAAAUGCUCCAGUUGUGAUGAUUGCAGAAAAGGCAGCCGAUUUUAUAAAAGAAGGACUUGUAUAGACAUUAAUUAGAUAGCAAAUUGUACAGAACAGUAUUAUUUAUGUUACAUGGUGUUUGUUCUAUUGAAUAAAUUAUGUGAUAUUUUAA